AUGAAGCUGGCUAUUCAACAAAUAAAUAGUAAUUCUAUUUAUCAAUAUCUAUGGUCUUGGACCAUUAAUAAUGAUUUUUCUUUAGAAUUUGGCUACUUGAUGGACCCACUUACUUCUAUUAUGUCAAUGUUAAUUACUACUGUUGCAAUUCUGGUUCUUAGUUAUAGUGAUAAUUAUAUGUCUCAUGAUCAAGGAUAUUUGAGAUUUUUUGCGUAUAUGAGUUUUUUCAAUACUUCCAUGUUGGGAUUAGUUACUAGUUCUAAUUUGAUACAAAUUUAUAUUUUUUGGGAAUUAGUGGGAAUGUGUUCCUAUCUAUUAAUAGGUUUUUGGUUUACACGACCUAUUGCCGCAAAUGCUUGUCAAAAAGCGUUUGUGACUAAUCGUGUAGGAGAUUUUGGCUUAUUAUUAGGAAUUUUAGGUCUUUAUUGGAUAACAGGUAGUUUUGAGUUUCGGGAUUUGUUUGAAAUAUUCAAUAAUUUAAUUAAGAAUAACGAGGUUAAUUCCUUAUUUUGUAUUUUAUGUGCUUUCUUGUUAUUUGCCGGUGCAGUUGCUAAAUCAGCUCAAUUUCCCCUUCAUGUAUGGUUACCUGGUGCUAUGGAGGGGCCUACUCCUAUUUCAGCUCUCAUCCAUGCUGCUACCAUGGUAGCGGCGGGGAUUUUUCUAGUUGCUCGACUUCUGCCCCUUUUUGUAGUUAUACCUUACAUAAUGUAUGUAAUAUCUUUUAUAGGUAUAAUAACAGUACUAUUAGGAGCGACCUUAGCUCUUGCUCAAAAAGACAUUAAGAGGAGUUUAGCUUAUUCUACAAUGUCUCAAUUGGGUUAUAUGAUGUUAGCUCUAGGUAUGGGUUCUUAUCGAACGGCUUUAUUUCAUUUAAUUACUCAUGCUUAUUCAAAAGCAUUAUUGUUUUUAGCAUCUGGAUCUCUUAUUCAUUCAAUGGAAACUAUUGUUGGAUAUUCUCCGGAUAAAAGUCAGAAUAGUUCUUAUGGGGGGUUAACAAAACAUGUAUCAAUUACAAAAACUUCUUUUUUAAUAGGUACACUUUCUCUUUGUGGUAUUCCGCCUCUUGCUUGUUUUUGGUCCAAAGAUGAAAUUCUUAAUGAUAGUUGGGUGUAUUCGCCGAUUUUCGCAAUAAUCGCUUAUUUCACAGCCGGAUUAACCGCAUUUUAUAUGUUUAGAAUCUAUUUACUUACAUUUGAAGGGCAUUUAAACUUUUUUUUGUAA